CCACCGGAGUGAGGAUGUGGGAGUGGCCGGGGAGAGGGAGUAGGGGGCUGUGACCUCGCUUUCGGACCCCUUCCCGGGCGCCCAUCCCCGGUUACCUCCUCUCCACGUUCCUCCUCUGGGAUUUCGCUGCUCAGAGGAACCGCCCAGGCCACCACUCACCUGCGCCAGGUGCCGCCCAUACGCCAGGGCCGCGCUUUUGGGUAACAACAGUGAAAUCAUGGAGUCUUCCAAGACCUUCAUGAGACACCUGCCGGUCACACCAGGCUACAGCGGCUUCGUGCCCUACCUUAGCUGCCAGGGCUCCACCGGCAAGGACGACGUGUCCCAGUGCUUGAGAACCUUCCAGGAGAGCACACAGCUAUAUAAAAACCAGCUGGAGGAAUUUCGGUGCUCGGUGGCCACUUCCCGUAAACUGAAACCCAUCUGCUCCGAAGAGACGGUCCUGCGGGCGCUGCACCAGUACUGCCGGCAGUACCACCCCCUAACUUUGGAAUGCAAACGCAUAAAGAAACCUCUCCGGGAGCCCCCGAUCCCUGGCUGGGCCGGCUACCUCCCCAGGGCCAGGGUCACUGAAUUAGGCUGCGCCACACGGUACACCGUCAUGGCCAGAAACUGCUACAGAGACUUCCUAGACAUCAUGGAGCAGGCCAGGAAGGCUCACCUGAAGCCGUACGAGGAAAUAUAUGGAGUCGGGUCCACACAGCCUUCUUCUGCUCCUUCUCCAAAGGUUUUGCAGCACGAAGGGCUGCUGCUGAAAUAUCCGGAGUUUUCUAUCCCAGGUGGUAGCUAUCCUGCCCACGGAAGACCCCCGACCGAGGACCCCAGACCUCCAGUGACGUGUGGCUGUGCCCAGAGAUCAAGUAUGUCCUACAACGGCAAGAUUUAUCUAGAGCCACUGUCCUCAGCAAAGUAUGCAGAAAGCUGAUGCAGACAGCCUCUCAAGGAGAGGGGAGACUCAAAAGCUCACCAUUCUUACAUGAGAACCAGGUCCUGACCCACACCCAACAGGCACUAGGGAACUUUCAAAACCUAAGAAUCCUUCCGACUGCCACCUGCACCCUGUUCGGCCAUAAGAUGUCAUUAAUGACAAAGACCUUUUGUUGUUGUGUGGGAAUAAAGAGGUUGCUUCUCAGCACA